AAUGGCACCUUCCCAACACACUGGUGUUGCAGCACAGUGUACAUUAAUGCACUACUGUCUGUUGUGCACUUUAUGUAAAACUUACCUUAAAAUGAAGCUCUCCAGCAGUGCGUUGUGCAGGGGCGAACUGACAACUCGGGGCCCCCGGGCAAUAGGGGAUCAUGGGGCCCCUGUGCCCUUGCCCAAACUCAAAAAAGCCUAUGAAAAAGGUACCAGGGGCAUCUCAUGGGGUCCCCUACUGACCCCAGGCCCUCGGGCAGUGCCCAAGUUUCCAAAUGGUCAGUCUGCCCCUGGCGUUGUCACCACUGUAGAGGCUUCC